GCGAUGACGAAAUUGACGCUGGGGGGGAGAGGGGGGAUGAAGUCCAUUCACUCACUCUUUCACCGCAGGGAGCCCUCAUAAGCAGACAGACAGGGAAUUGCGCUAGCUGCCACCCGCCCCGCCCACCACCCGACAAAUGCAGGCACAGUAUUCCAUGCAUAGCACUCUCUGUCCUCAAGCCAUCGCCACCCGCGCGUUUUUCCGCGCGAGCACCGAAGAGGCGUAGGUGAACUUAUCGCCGACUGUUGCGGGCCCCACCUUGCUGAGCAUCUCGUCCAUUUCCUUCUUCCUCUGAGACUCAUAGUAGAAUGGGGGCAUAUACUUGGCCUGGUCCCGCCACCGACGCGUUCUGACGUGCUCGAAGUAGGCGCGAGAGGUCAUGUGGGUGUAGGUGGACCCGUGGACAUUCUCAGCAUAUCGGGCGGGGAUGAAGCCCGUGUAGCCCGGAAUUGGCUUCGUCAUGUGGUCGCGGAGCUGCAUGCGAACCUUCUUCUCGCCACUCGUUGUCGGGGGGCGCACUGCAGUGGACACACAACAGCGUGCCUCCGUGUUGAUGAGCACAAUCAGCUGGCUUACCGUCCAGACUUUCCCGCAUCCAGCCGUCGUCACACUGAUCUGAGGGACAGGGAAACCGAAACCGAGACACCUCGUGCACGACGUAGACAUCAAUCGUGUCUCCGUGUCUCUGUCUCUCCUCGUACCAAAUGCAAAAGGUCGGUGUGUGCGGCGCGGCACCGCAGUCCUUGGCCUGUAGCGGAAGUCGGCUGCCUGCUCGUUGGCCUUCUUGUACCGAACACCUGCAGGUCGAUCGAUCGACACGCAUACAUACAUACCGGUAGGUGACCAAGAAGUGCAUUGCUGCUCUGUCGCUGACUGACCGCAGAUGGGUUCGCUCUCUUUGCCGGGCACAUGACCAGUGAAGCCUGCAUGGAUUGGAUUGGAUUACAUUACACACACGGACAGGGAGACCUCACGCCACUGGCUGCCUGCCCGAAGGAAAGAUUCAUGUGUGGAUGCGCUGUGGUUGGUUACCAGGUAUUGUUGGCACGGUGUAGUUCUGUUUCACCCAAGUGCGGGUGCCCAUCGUGUGAACACUCGCAUACGGAUCCACGGGGUCCUUCCGCAGCACUGUCACACGCAGGCAGACAGGCAGCAGGCAAUGCGCGGCAUUACCUACCAUCCAUCCCUCCAUGCAUCCCAUCCUUUCUUGGUAUGUACCUCCUGUCUGCGUGCGCAGAUUCUGGUGAUACUCCGCCCCGGUCAACGGCGGGUGCCACACGAGAGGCCGCUGCCAACCACUCAAAGGGAGAGACGCCGACUUGUCAGCAACUGCAACAACAGCAGCCCCAGUCCCCUGCGGGACGCCCCCCUUGUCGUCCUUCGCCUGACGGGCCGAGACACCGCCAGCGGCUUCAGCCACUGCAUCGACCUUCUGAUACCGCAUGUUUGCGAUAGCGUCCGUUGUCUGAGGCCGCAUGUCUGCAGUGUGGUGGAACUUCAUGUAGUCAUUCCGAGGGAUGCUGUAGUCGCAUGGAGGCUUGACGUACACCGAGUUCGCAAGGAGCGCCUGCUGGCGCGUGUGGGGGUCCCUUGAAACGAGGCCGGCGUUCGUCUUUGGUCCAUGAUAGUAUCGGGAGGGCAGCCCUCUGGAGGUCCGGUAGGCCUCAGCAUAGCGUUCACCAGCAAACGACCGGGGAAAGGGAAGCGCUGCAGCAACGCAUCAUGAUGUCAAUGAGGUGUUGGGCGUUGUGUGCCUCUCUCCCUCCCUCCCUCCCUCCCUCCUUUCCGCUGUUGUUACCUGCUGUUGGUUUCGGUGGGUGCGGGGCCACGGAAGGGCCCUCCUCUUGAGCCAUUGCAGCGGCGCGGUCGUUUGCAGGGUGGGG